AUGGCCAACCCAGCACACCCGCACCGCAACCUCUCCCUCCCGACCUUCCAACAGCCCGCCACAUACAUCCAAUACAAGUCCCUGCCCCCACUCCCCAAACUCAUCCAGAAACUGCCCCAGGACACCCACGCCAACAAGACCCUCACCUCGAUGACAACCUUCAUCACCCAUUCCCUCCACGAUCCCGACAGUAAAAGAGAAACCCCCCUGCCAUCAGACACCCCCUCCUACCCAACCUACAUCGAGACCUUGCUCCGCGACACACCAAGCAACGCGCACUUCGCCGUCAUCGACCUGGCGCGCCUCCUCGUCCUCGACCCGCGCAUCGCUGCCUACUUCGCCUCCCAGCAUCCACCGUCCACGCUGCUAGCCCUAACAGAUACAACACAGGGUAAAGAAACACCCUACAACAAGAUCCUAACAACCCUGCACCUCCUCGCAAACCUCGCCUCCACCACGCUCCCCACAACAACCCUCCUCUCCACCUCAUCCCUAGCCACAUCCACCUUAGCAACCCUCACCACGGCCCUCUUCCACCCGACCCCCAAAGCCCGGUGCGCGGCCGCCUCCCUCGCCUACAACCUGGCGGCGCAGAACCACAACGCCCGGAUCGACGGGAAGGUCGACCUUAUGGCGGAAGACGACCAGGUGUCGCUGGUGGCGGGGCUGGCGGAGGCGAUCGCGAACGAGACGGAGAGCGCGGAGGCGUUGCGCGGGUUUCUGAUGGCGUUGGGACUGUUGGUGUAUGAGGGGAAGGUGGACGGGGAG